AGCCGUUGCCAAGGCAGCCACCAAUCUCCCCUCCCCCUUCUCCCUCCGUUCCUCUUUCCCGUUUAUUAUCGCCAGAGGUCGCAUGGCAGAGGGAAGUCCGAUCACUUCUGUACUGGAACCAAUGCAAGAAUAUGCACCUCCAUAACAAAGCCUGCGUGGAGCCCUGAGAGCAGUGGGAAAUCACACGCUGCGCGUUCGGCCCUAGAGAGACAUCUUAACAGAGAGGACCAAAGUUGGACUUUUCUUCUUCUUUUUUUUGGUCUUCUUUUAUUUGUUGUGGAACAACGGGAUAGUUGUGCCAACACGUGCGCGCGCGCGUGUGUGUGUGUCCAUGACAUUCGUGUUCCCCGUGGUGAGUGAGCGAGUGUUUCGCAUCCCGGCGCGAGGCAGCGAGGAGGACUGCGCAUCACCAGAGUUGGUGCCGAAGUUCGGCCGCGAACGGAUGUGUGAAAAGAAGUGUACCCAGUGAAAAUCCCCCACUUGUUUGUUUUUUUUCUUCUUCUUCUUCUUCUUGUUUUUGGUUGUUGCUGUCUCUCCUCUUGCCUCGGCGUCGGUGUGCGCGUGUGUGCGUGUGCGCGUGUGUGUGUGUGUGUGUGCUGAGACGAUAGCGAGUCAAAGACGCCGAAAGUGAUUUCAUGCCUCCAGUCUCGCACAACCUGAGAUGGACGUGAGAUUUUAUCCUGCUCCCCCGGCAAAUGUGGGUUCAUGCUCCCUGCCGACCGAUCCAAGUUGCCUGAGCUCGUUGGAGUAUUACCACUCAAACAAGGCCCGGUACACUGUGGGUGAACGAGGGGUUAGGCUCCACACUGCCCACCCUGCAGGCAUCAACCCAGCUAGGAAAAGACUGCCCACUGCUGUGUUUGAUGGUGACAACAUGUACAUGAAUGACAAUAACCAAGACUUUCGGUCACCAAACCAGAGCUACUCCAGUCAUGGUAGAGGCGGCAGUGGCGGCGGAGCAGGGGAUGAAGACUACGAGAUCCCCCCCAUCACCCCCCCCAACCACGCAGACCCUUCCCUGCUGCACCUCAUGGAGCACGAAUCAGGUUACCCUUUCCACUCCCUGCCUCACAACGGCCUGCUCAACGCCUACUCCUACCCCGAGCUGCCCGCCCUCAUGAUGUCCAACAUGCUGGGUCAGGACACCCACCUCCUCUCCGGGCCCAUGCACUCAAUAAGCAGUGAGAAGCGGGCCUCAGCAGAAAUGAUGAAGCCCAAACCCAAGCCUCAGAAGAAGAAGAAGAAGAAGGACCCCAACGAGCCACAGAAGCCCGUGUCUGCCUAUGCUCUCUUCUUCAGAGACACCCAGGCAGCCAUCAAGGGACAAAAUCCCAAUGCCACAUUCGGGGACGUCUCCAAGAUAGUGGCAUCCAUGUGGGACAGCCUAGGAGAGGAACAGAAGCAGGGGUACAAGAGGAAAACCGAAGCGGCUAAGAAAGAGUACCUGAAAGCCUUGGCCGCGUACCGAGCCAGUCUGGUUUCCAAGACAUACAAUGACCCUGAACCAAAAAGUGCCCAGCAGAACAGCCAGUCCUCCCACAUGCUGCCCCCGAAGCAGCCCCUGUACAGCGUGCCCCCCCAGCCCUCCUCACCAUACCUGGGCCCGCCCGGCUCUUUCCCCCUGUCAGACCUCCAGAGCUACGCGGGGCCGCCCCGCCACACCCUGGCCCAGACCCUCAGCCAGUCCCAGAUGCUGCCGCCCAGCAUGAGUGCCUCUCCCCCGUCUCCCUUCCAGAUCAGCCCGCCCCUGCACCCCCACGCCCAACUCUCCCUGCAUCAGAGCUCCCUGCUCAACCAGCCAAUCCGCAUGCAGCAGUCGCAGCCAAUCAUCUCGCACUCACACCAAAUGGGGCUACAGGCGCCUCUGCAUUCCCCCCCUCUCAGCCAACAGGGAUUCUCCCAUAUUCAAGCUGAUUACCAGAACAGUGUCGGAGGCUCACAGUCUCCAGGGGCCCCUAACCCAGUGCAUGGCCAGACCCCUGACUGGGACAGCGAGUACUGCAACAGGGACUGUGGACCUAACCACUGCGGCAGUGGCAUGGGAGCUCGGGACAAGCCUCUCUACCUCACUUGAAGUUGAAAGACCUCCAAAUGUCAGACUCCAGGGAGCUCUCCACCAUAACAACGUCAUCGAUGUAUCUGUUUCUACACCAUUUUAUUUCCUUCAUUUUUUUUUUUUUUUUGUGAUGGAUUCCAAAAA